UUCACCCCAACCCGAAUUUUCGGAUCGGAUCCCGGCCCGACACCCCUAACCCCGGAACGCCAGAACUGAGAACCCUAUUUCCCAGAAGUCUGUCCUCCCAGCACCACCACCGUACCCAUGGCGGGCGAGUGCUGCAGAACUCCUUGACUCAUCCUCGCUCACAUCAGCACUGGUACCAAGAUCAAUACGAAAUGCUUCCAGUAAUUCGAGGCCUCCUGAACCUCCGGCUCUCUCGUCGCCUACCUACGCCGAAUCAUUGGGUUUCCUCUUCGAUACCCUUCCGAACCUUCUCUUCUGGUUCCGGUGCCGGAGGGUCAAAAGAUGACUCUUGGGAUAAGUCCUGGAAUUCCUCUGGCCAGACCCCCCCGGAAGGUGGUUCAGAACCUCUCUCCAGCUUCGACUGGGGCGAGGCAUCCUCGUGGUCGACUGGCUUGACGAAGGACCAUUUCGAUGGGGAAGCCGUCGGCCGUCAGCUCGUCCCCGGGCAAUCUCCUCCGCCGCAGACGGGAAAAUCGACGGCCAUGGAGGAAGCCGCGCGGAUGGACGACUUGGACGAGUUUCUGAGAAUGGUGGAGAAGGAUAAUAAGAAGGAUAAGGCGUUCGUGGAUGGUUGGAAGGAUCGUAUGAUAGAGACUUGUCAAUUUCUGAAGCAGGUGAGGGAGCCGGGGGUGAGGGGAUCGUAUUUAAAAGAUUCUGAGAAGGCGGAGAUGUACAGGCUUCAUAAGGAGAAUCCGGAGGUGUAUAAUGUUGAGAGGCUGGCGAAGGAUUUCAGGAUUAUGAGGCAAAGGGUACAUGCUAUUUUAUGGCUGAAGGAGAUGGAGGAAGAGGAGGAGAAGAAACUUGGUCGGCCGCUGGAUGACUCCGUAGAAAUCCUUCUGGACAACUUUCCCGAAUUUUUCAAGUCCCAUGACAGAGAAUUCCAUGUUGCCCGUCUUCCAUACAAACCAGAUUUUAAAGUGAUGCCAGAGGACUGGGAUGGGACAACGAGAGAUCCUGACGAGGUUCAUUGGGAGAUCUCUGUUAAGGAAGACCAAAUGUUGUAUGAAGAAUUUGUUCAGCGCCUAAACUUCAACAAAAAGAAGGUUGCAGGCGAGGUCAAAUGCCACAAGUAUAGCAGGAGGCGACCACCAGAAGGAUGGAGUUUCACUGUCGAGAAGCUGGGUUCCAAGGGAAAGCGAGGUGCAGGUGGUGGCUGGAAGUUUGUAAGCUUGCCAGAUGGAUCUAGCCGCUCAUUGAAUGAAAUGGAGAAAAUGUAUGUUAAAAGAGAGACCCCAAAGCGCAGAAGAAGAAUUAUUGCACCAUAUAAAUAAAAUCGGUACUUUUUUAGGGUUUUCAUGCAAUUCAUGAAUUUAAUAUUAUGCUAGAUCCCUCUGAGACUAUUUUGCCCAGCAGCACACUAGCAUUUGCUUGAAGACCAACAAUUCGUCUUGAGGUCUUCUUUCGUCAGUGCUGUUUUAACCGGAGAAUUUUGUAAGGCAAAAUUUAUCCAGUCUCUUUCUGAAUCAAAAACUGAAUCCAAUUUGUUCGUCCAAGGUUUGAUUUAACAUUAUUGAUGCUUGCUUUGGCUUGCC